UACUCAAACAAGGGAGUCUAUAAGAAUUCACUAGUCUCCUGGUCUACAGAGAAACGGAACCAUGAGCACAGCAGGAAAAGUAAUCAAAUGCAAAGCAGCUGUGCUGUGGGAGUUAAAUAAACCCUUUUCCAUUGAGGAGGUGGAGGUUGCACCCCCGAAGGCCCAUGAAGUUCGUAUUAAGAUGGUGGCCACGGGAGUCUGUCGCUCAGAUGACCACGCGGUUGGUGGAACUAUUGUCACGCCUCUCCCUGCGAUCUUAGGCCAUGAGGCAGCUGGCGUUGUGGAAAGCGUUGGAGAAGGAGUGACUACAGUAAAACCAGGUGACAAAGUCAUUCCACUCUUUACUCCUCAGUGUGGAAAAUGCAAUGUCUGUAAACACCCUGAAGGUAACUUCUGCUUGAAAAGCGAUCUGAACAUGCCUCGGGGGACCAUGCAGGAUGGUACCAUCAGAUUCACCUGCAGAGGGAAGCCCAUUUACCAUUUCCUUGGCAUCAGCACCUUCUCCCAGUACACAGUGGCGGACGAGAUGUCAGUGGCCAAGAUCGAUGAAGCCUCACCACUGGAGAAAGUCUGUCUCAUUGGCUGUGGAUUUUCUACCGGUUAUGGGUCUGCAGUCAAAGUUGCCAAGGUCACCCAGGGCUCCACCUGUGCUGUGUUUGGCCUUGGAGGAGUUGGCCUGUCUGUUAUCAUAGGAUGUAAAACAGCAGGAGCGGCCAGGAUUAUCGGGGUGGACAUCAACAAAGACAAAUUUGCAAAGGCCAAAGAGGUGGGUGCCACUGAGUGCAUCAACCCUCAGGACUACAAGAAACCCAUCCACGAGGUGCUGACGGAGAUGACUGGUGGCGGUGUGGACUUUUCAUUCGAAGUCAUUGGGCGGCUUGACACUAUGAUGGCUGCUUUAUACUGCUGCCAAGAGUCAUACGGUGUAAGCGUCAUUGUAGGAGUAGCUCCUCAUUCCGAAAAUAUCUCUCUGAACCCCAUGUUGCUAUUGAGCGGACGUACCUGGAAAGGAGCAAUUUUUGGUGGCUUUAAGAGUAAAGAUUCUGUCCCUAAACUUGUGGCUGAUUUUAUGGCUAAGAAGUUUUCACUUGAUCCAUUAAUAACACAUGUUUUACCUUUUGACAAAAUAAAUGAAGGAUUUGACCUGCUUCGCUCUGGAAAGAGCAUCCGCACCAUCCUGACAUUUUGAGACCAUACAAAUGCCUUCGUUUGAAGCAGGUCUUUUGGCUCCUGUACCUUCUGGAACCAUCAGCCAGACAGCAUCAUUAACUCUGUUCUUCAAGAAUGCAAUCAAUCAAUUAUACAUGAGAGCUUUCCAAAAGAAGCAAAAAAAUGAAAUGAAAUCCUUUUUUUUUAAAUCUUUUUUUUCAAACAAAUGUUUAAAAUCCCAGUGAAAGCUAGAUGCAUCAUCAGCUGCAUAAUUGAGUCCAGUAAACUUUCCUUCUUAUUCAUUCUACUCAUGUUGAAUUGUGCCAUCUUUCCCAUGGAGGAAAGGUAGAUAUUUCUUGCACUUCUUGUAUCUUUGCCACCCUGUCACUGAAACCCAGGGAGCAGGUCCUCACUAUACUUGUCUCCCAGCACACACAUGAUGAGCUACCACACUUGAACCCUUCUAUUUCUGCUCUAUUUCCACUGUUUGUAUUUUCCUUUUUAUGGAAUGUACCCAAGCCCUAUGGGUAAUGCUAUUCUCUUUUUUCAUAUAAUCUUAUAUUAGUUUCAAAUGUACAAGUGAUUCAACAUUUAUUUACAUUAGGAAGUAAUCGCCACAAUAAAUCUAGCUACUUUCUGUUACCACAUGAAGUUGUUACCAUAUUAUUAACUAUAUCCUAAAUUCAAGGAACUUUUUAGGAAAAUGUCACAUACUUUUAUAUGACAGACAGAAGUAUAUUUAUUGCUUCUUAUACUGUUUGUAGUGAACAUACAAUUGUUUUUUUAAACAGAAGCAAUUUCAUGCUACAUGUGAUAAAUAUGAAAUUCAGAUAUUAAAUGUGAAAACUGAACUAUUCCUAGAACCAUAUUCAAAAAUCUGUAUCUUUUACUCAUGAAAGUGCUUUGUUGGAUAAAUACUUAGUUAAUUAUUAUAAUUAACUGAAAAUAAGUCAUAAGGUAAUUUAAAAGUAGUAUGGCAGCUUGAAGUGUAGGGAUGGGAAUGAAACAGCUAUGGACACAACUUGUAACUAAGAAAUGGCACAAACAUCCAAAAAAGUAUGUUUUCUAAGUAAAUACAUGUGCAUAUACAGAUAUGUAUCUUUACAGAAAUUAUUUUUAACCUAGAACCUCUCUAUUAACUACCAUGUCUUAAAUCUAUAAUCCUGGAAUUUAAUUUUUUGAGUAUGUAAAAACCUAUGGUACUCAUUUGUUCAUGCUUUCCCUCAAGGGAAAAUUUGCAUUUUAAGCUUUAUCUCUAAAUGUACAUAGAAAGCUAAAAACCUUAUUCCUUUAAGAGGUGUUGUCUCUCUUCAAAAGUGUUAUUUGUUUCCAUGUCUACAAUUUGUGGAAAGAAUUUUAGACUUAGUUCAAGUGAGCUACCACUUAAUUGUGACCUUAAUUGGAAGUUACUCAACCUCUCUGAGCCCAUUUUAUCCUUUUUCUUAAAAAAAUUACUCUGAACACAAGGACCACAAAACCUUUUCUUUAUUUAAGUAUGAAAGAUUAAUUUAAUGCCUUUGGCACACUUUUUACUGUAGAGGAUAUAUGUAUCAGCAUUAACAGUUCAUACAGAUAUCAAGACCUCUAGAUUAUGAAAAUAUUAAAAGUUUAUCCCAUUUCUGCAGAACAGCUUUUUAAAAGAUUCUAUGGGAGCCUCAAAGUCAUACGCUUCAGAUAGAAAUUCUCCACAGGCUGAAGUGCCAAAAUGUAAAGCCUCUGUGGUGACUCAUGUACUUUAGAUCAAAACCAGUGAUGGAGCACUGCGCAUGCACCCCGCGCCCCACCUCACCAGGUGAUCCGGGUUCCCUGUACGCCAGGUCAGAGCAGAUAACACCUUCAACACCCCUGUUUGACAGAUUGUUCACAGUUUCAGACCAACCCCUCAUUCAUAAUGAUAGUGGAAGGAGAAAGGCAAUAUCACUUUUUUACCAUGUAGAAAUGGGAGGUGAAAGUAGAUUACAAACAAAAUGUCAAUCAGUGUAAUAAAACAAUGCCUGUGUCAGCUGGGCUUUCAUUGAACAACAAAUCAGCACCUCUUAACAGUCAGCACAAUUUACCUAAACACCCCUGAGGUGGACCAUCUACUGUGGACUGCCCUCUGAUGUCUGUGCAUUGGGAAUGCAUUGAGAGAUGAUGUACAGCUGAUAAAUUUCCAUGAAAUAAAUUGCCAGCAAACCUUC